GAGGGAAGCGGCCCAUUGCGCCUCUCGCUCGCUCGCGGCAGGAUGGCGGUGCCCGGCUGGGAGCGCGCGGCCCGGCUCUUGCUCUGCGCGGCGGGGCUGGCGCUGUCUGCUUACGCUUUCCACGUGGAGACCUCGAAGGAGCGGGACGCCGCCUACCGGGCCAUGUGUGACAUCAGCGCAGCCGUCAGCUGCUCCCGCGUCUUCACUUCCAGGUGGGGUCGUGGUUUUGGCUUGGUGGCCACAUUUCUGGGACCUCGUAGUGCGUUCAACCAGCCUAAUAGCGUCUUUGGGAUCGCUUUCUACACCCUGCAAAUCCUUCUGGGCUUCUCCAACAGCGGCCUGGCAGCCAUUGCUCUGCUGGGCUCUUCGGUCGUCUCCAUAGUUGGCUCGCUGUACCUGGCCUACAUCCUGUUCUUUGUGCUCCACGACUUCUGCGUGGUCUGCAUCAGCACCUACCUCCUCAACUUUGCCCUCCUCUUGCUCAACUACAAGCGCCUCGGCUACCUCAACCAGGCCUGGAAGCGCCACGUGGCCAAAGCCAAGAGGCAGUGAAUGAAGGCAGCACGUCAGACUGUGAAGUCCUGCGAGGCUGAAGGUUUUCCAGGGGUCUCGCCUCCCUCUGGUGUUUUCUUAAGCCCUGGGUUGGAUCUGGACCGAAGUCAUUG